AUGUCGAACCAGAGUGGAUUGACCCAUGCGAUGUAUCCGUCUUUCCCUGUUCCGGCUUCUGAGGGAGGCUCUGCCCAAGCAUCGGGCUCAGCAAAACCCCUAUCUUUAACCCUCACUCCAGGUCCCAGCCUUGAGAUGCCUGAGCCCAUUCGAGUCUCGGAUCUUCCAGAGUCCAUUCGUGAAGAAGACGAGGAAACUGCGAGCGAGCCACUCGAACCUAUCACUCCACGAAGUGCCACGCCUCCUCCCGUGGACCGACCCCAAAAGUCAGCGACCGAUCCGGCUGUCAGCAAAAUGCACACUUCUCUUCGCCCUGCUUCUCUCCCUCACCCUUUGAUUAUUAACACAGACGCGUCUCCCGUUUCCACCUCUUCUCACCCAAAGUCCCCUGAUCGUUCGUCAGCUGCGACUUCUCCUCGACGACGAAUUCUGCGUUUGAACUCCAUCAAAUCGAUGUUUCGCCGGAGAGACACUCCUCUUGUAGAAGAACAGACGUCCGAGCCGAAGAACCCGAGCCCAACGCACCCCAAAUCCGGGAUAUUCCAUUCCUUGCGCAAGAAUUCCGUCAACUCCACCGCACAACAUUCCUCAGCAAGUUCACAGUCCAGCUCGCCAUCGUCCCCUGCCUCGCCAUCCAGUACGCUAAACAGCGGUGUCCAUUCGAGAUUAGGGGUUUCAACGCCAUCCGAGGGCAUGUCGUUCAAGAGACCUACAAGAUCAGCCACUGGAUUGAGCCUCAGAGAACGAAGCAAAAUCAUAUUUGCACCCACCCCGAGACCUCAUCGGGAAGAGCCAAGGAUACGGUCACCCAGCCUUGGUGAUGUCGACAAACAACCAGAGCGUCCCGGAUUUUCAAUUCCUGCCGUUUCGGGAGCGGGACUGAAAGCUCGACGCAUGAGUGCAAGUCUUCCUGAUGGAUUUGCCGUCGACACUUGCGAAUUGAAUGAUGAAUAUACUAGCUCAAGCAGGGUUCCAGGCCGCAGAGGAAAAGAAAUUGGGAAGGGUGCAACCGCAACUGUGAAAAUCAUGUUCCGCAAAGGUGGUGAUAAAGACACCCCAUACGCCGUGAAAGAGUUUAGGAAGCGUGGUCAAAAGGAAGAUGAACAAGAGUACGUGCAGAAAGUGAAAUCUGAGUUCAGCAUCGCCAACAGUUUGAAUCACCCAAACAUCGACUACCUCACGACUCGCGAUAACCUUUGCUUUUUCAAGCAAAUUGUGCGGGGUGUUGCGUACCUCCAUGAGAAUGGCAUUGGCACACGUGAUAUCAAGGUUGGAGAACCUGGCUAUUAUCUGAUGAAGGAUACAUCAAGAUUACCGAUUUCGGCGUAUCUGAGUGUUCAGUGGGAUACACCCGGGCCUGCGCUCUGCUGGUGGGGUCAUUAUGACCCUCGACCUCUAGAUAUUUGGUCUUGUGCUAUAGUAUACCUUACACUCCAUUACCGCGGAAACCCAUGGCCUUCAGCCGAUACUCGGAACCCAAAUUAUGCCCGUUUCCUCGCCGGAUGGAAGGCUUUCCAGGAUGUCGACCCUGAAGGACUCGUAACCGAUGACAAGGCACCUGUUUGCGGUCCUGUGUUCAAAAGGUUGAACCAUACUGGGAUGAAACGACUCCUCCUUCGAAUGCUACAUCCAGACCCCAGUAAAAGGUUUACGGUCACCGAAGUUUUAAACGACCGGUUCUUCAAGACUAUUGAAUGCUGCUCUCCAGAGCGUGUCAAAGACCCUUCAGAAGAAGCCAACUGCAUCGAUGCAGCCGGCAAAGGAAGCUGCAAACUGGCCAGCAAGAUGAUGGUGCAAAAAAUUCAUCACCACUUUCCGCCGGAGAAGAAAUAUCUUCCGCAGCAUCGGUUUGAUAUGGGAGAAGGAUAUUCAUAA